AUGGCCUGUGCUGUUUUCCAGAUACCUCCAUGGCAUCUUGAUAGAAAAUACAGCUCAUGUUCCACCAUAUUGCUAGAUAACAGCACAGUCAGCAAGCCUGAUCUUAGACACACACUGGAAAGAUACGCAAAUAGAUCUCUGGCUAUUUUUGAUGAGCCAAUACAUCCACUUUCACAAGGAAAUUCUCCAGGGAAAUCCUUCGAGGAUGAUCCCAAACGCAACUGUAUUUUCAAAUAUUUCUGUACUCUUUUUCAAGUCACAAAACUAACAGCUCCACGUGCAAUCGUAGCUUUGGUGUACAUCGAACGACUUUUAACUAGUGCUAAAAUUGAUCUUUGUCCUACUAAUUGGAAAAAGAUUAUCCAUGGAGCCAUGCUUCUUGCCUCCAAGGUUUGGAGAAACCGUGGUCUGUGGAGUGUGGAUGACAGCCAGAAUCCCCAGGACGUUGCAGUUGAGAACAUGAGCAAGAUGGAGAAGUGUUUUUUGGAGCUACUUGAGUUUAAUAUACAUGUGUCUGCCAGUGUUUAUGUAAAAUAUUACUUUGACCUGCGUGCCUUGGCAAAUGACCAUGACGUGUAUUUUCUAUUUCAUUUUCUUCACAAAGAUAAAGCCCAGAGACUGAAGGCUAUGUCACGGCCGUGUGAAUACAAAGACUUGCAUCAAGAUGCCGCUGCUGUGAAAAGGGCUAUCAGCAUGAAUUUCAUUGGUAUUCGGUGCCCUAAUGCCAUCUUAUCUUAA